UGAAUGUGGGCUUCAUUUUAUUACCAAAGCUCAAAGGAAACAAACCUGGUUUGCUCCAAUGUCUCAUGCAUUCAUUUCCAACAAGCUUAUCCACACCUCAACCCAUCCUCCCCACUUGUUUCCUCGGCUAUCCACAUCCAAACAAAACAUCAAACCUCACACCCUCAUCUCAAACAUACAUCCAAUGGUUACGACCAAUAGAUUCAGCCCCGGUUUUAUCACCAAAGUCGCUGAUAACAACGCUGGCUUAGUCGGCGAAGAUACGCUUUCCCACCUCAAAUCUCAACUCUUACAGCAACUCCAAGGAAUCAAUAGAGGGAUUUUCGGAGUAGCAUCUUCUAAGAAAUCUGAUAUUGAAGCACUGGUGAAGCUGCUUGAAUCCCAGAAUCCAACUCCGGAUCCUACCCUGAAUCUAGAAAAGGUAGGUGGUUGCUGGAAGCUUGUUUACAGUUCUAUUACAAUCUUGGGUUCAAAGAGAACAAUGCUUGGGUUGAGGGAUUUCAUCACCCUGGGAGAGUUUUUCCAGACCAUUGAUAUUCAAAAGAGAGUGGAUAUACGUUAUGAUAAUUCAACCAUCACUCCUGAUCAGCUGAUGAACGUGUUUCCAAAAAAUUACGAUCUGCUGCUUGGAAUCUUCAAUCCAGAGGGGUGGCUGGAGAUAACAUAUGUAGAUGAUACGAUGAGGAUAGGAAGAGAUGACAAAGGGAACCUCUUCAUUUUACAAAGAUCUGAACAAGACAGUCUAGCUCUACACAUCAAUUUCUGAUUUUAUGUAGCAUCCCAUCUAUAUACAUAAGCAUCAAUGCAGUUGAAGUUGUUGAUCUCUAGACUUCAGCUUUCCCAAGGAACAUCGCUUGCUGAUGAUGGCUUAAGUUUCCAAUAGCAUCAUCAUCGACUUUGUUAGCCUUUGAUUUUGUUGGAGUUUCUCAUCUG